AUGUCUACACAAAACGUGGCUCUGCCCUUUGACGAAUGGCGUUCCAUUCGAGUCAAGACGGCCGACACAAGCCUUUUCGCCCGCUAUGAUGGCACAGGCCCAGCCGUUCUGCUAUUACACGGAUGUCCGCAACAUUCUCUCAUGUGGCACAAAGUAGGCCCACUGCUUUCGUCCAAAUAUACAGUCAUCGCCCCCGACCUGCCUGGCAUGGGCCAGUCAACCCUGAGUGAAUCGGGCAACUAUACUUCCGCAUCGGCCGCAGAAGCUAUUAUCGCACUGUUGGACUUCUUGCGUAUCGAGAAAGUGGCCGUAUUCGGUUACGACAAAGGUGCUUCCGUGGGAUCUGUGCUCGCAUGGAAGUACGCGGAUCGCGUGGCGUCCUUGAGCGUUGGAGAAUACGCCCUCCCGGCGUACGGACAUGAAGUUUUCCAAAACCCAGAUCCUUCGAGGAACCUCUACGGUCACUGGCACCUGGCCCUCUUUACCGUCCCUGAAGCAGCCGAAUUCCUCAUCCGCGGACGCGAGAAGGAAUUUCUCAAUUGGUAUUUCUGGCAUAGCGCCUAUGCGGCCGGCGCUCUCAUAUCCCCCGAUCACGUCGAGCGUUACGCCGCAUCUUUGGGAAAGCCAGGAUAUCUGCGCGCCAUGACCGAGUUCCUCAACGGAAAUAUCUGGCGCGAGAUGGAGUAUUUCAAGCCGCUUAGAGAAACCCCUAUUCAGGUGCCCGUGAAUGUGCUCUGGGGAGAAGCCAGUGGGGUGUCUGAUGAAAUUAAUCAGAGCCUAUGGGGACCGACGGCAGUUUCUGUCAAGACGGUAUAUGUGCCAAAAGCCGGACAUUGGCUAGCGGACGAAAAUCCAAAGUGGCUGGCAGCUUUCAUCGACCGAAAUGCUGCAAACGCUGGUAUUGAGCCUUCUGCCGUCGACCUAAGCUAUUUGGAUGAUCAACUCACCAUGAUUUGA